AUGGCGAUCGGUUUAAGGGAGGAUGAGUUCACCGGGCAGGUUCUGAGACGAGGUCAAUCUGCACGAGUGAUUUUUCCGAUUGUGGUAAAAUGUGGGUACCGUUAUGAAAAGGCCACGUCAAACAGUAUCGACGGCCCGUUUCGGGUCGAUGAGGAAGACGCCUACCUUACGGUGCCUCAGCUCGUGUGGAAGUACGGCUACCAGAUCGAGGUUCACGAAGUGCAGACGGAGGACGGCUACUUGCUGGACCUGUACCGCAUCCCUGGCCGCCGGGCCGCCUCCGGUCAGCCGUCCCAGCGUGCCUUCCGGAACGCUCCCGUUUUGCUGAUGCACUCGCUGCUGAGCAGUUGCGCCGACUGGGUGCUGAUGGGCCCGGGCCGUGCCCUGGCCUACCUGCUGGCCGACAGUGGGUUUGACGUGUGGAUGGGCAACGCGCGGGGCACUCGGUACUCGCGCAAGCACCUGCUCCACCAUCCGGACCGGGCGGGCGGCAAGUUCUGGCGCUUCUCCUGGCACGAGAUCGGCCUGUACGACGUGCCGGCACUGAUCGACCACGUGCUGGCCGUUACGGGCCGACCCCGGUUGCACUACGUCGGCUUCUCCCAGGGCACGAUGGUGUUCUUCGUGAUGAUGUCCCAUCGGCCGGCGUACAACGCCAAGGUGAUCGAUAUGCAGGCCAUCUCGCCCUCGGUCUACAUGUACCGGCUCGAGGGACGGAUCGUGCGCUCGUUCGUGCGGUCAGCGGACCCGCUGGUGGACGCCCUCGAUGCCGCCGGACGUUACGAGAUCCUGCCGAACAAUCGGCUCUUCGCGCCCCUUUCGCAGCUCGCGUGCGCCAACUCGAACGUCACGCUCUGCCGGGAGCUGAUCUACGAUGUGGCCGGUCGGAACCCGCCCCAGGUGGACGAUAAGCUGCUACGAGUGUUCCUGGGUCACUUCCCGGCUGGCGCUUCCCUUCGCCAACUGCAUCACUUCUCGCAGAUAAUCCGAACCGGCCGAUUCGCCCAGUACAGCCCGGCAUCCCUGAACGACCGGGGGAAACGGUUAGGUCACCAGCGGGCUUCCCUACCACCGCUCUACAACCUCACCCGGGCCCUCGUACCGGUCGUGGUGUACUACGGUCUGAACGAUCACGUCGUCAACUACCGGGACGCACUGCAGCUCGCCGACGAGGUCCCCAAUCUGGCCGGAGUGUACCAGAUCACCGACCGGCUGUUCACCCACAGCGAUUUCAUACUGGCCCGGAAUGCGGCACGGUUGCUGAACGCACCCUUGCUGCAGGAGCUCGAUCACGUUGGUGGACUGUUUUCGUCCCUUCUGGUGCUUCCGGUCGCAUCCAUUCUGCCGGGUGUCGGUGCUGAACUCCAGACGACAAAUAGUGCACUGGAUGAUCGUCGAACGGGGAGUAUCAACGAUUUUAAGAGCUAUUUUGCGAUCGAUUUGGAAGAUGGCGAAUUGCGCACGCCCGAAUUGAUCGCCAAGUAUGGCUAUCCCGUCGAGAGCCACGAAGCGACGAGCGCCGACGGUUACAUCAUCUCGGUGACCCGCAUCCCCCCGAAGAAGGUGCUCCAUCCCUGGCCGAUCCUGCUCGUGCACGGUCUGCUGGCCAGCUCUGCCGACUUCCUGAUCAUCGGACCGAACAACAGCCUUGCCUAUCUGCUCGCCGAUCGCGGUUACGAUGUGUGGUUGGCGGAUAUGCGCGGAAAUCGGUACUCCCAGAAGCACGCCCGGCUGUCCAGCGAGUCUCCGGAGUACUGGGACUUUACCUGGCACGAAAUGGGCUACUACGAUCUGCCGGCCGUUAUCGACCUCAUCCUACGACGGACGGGCGCUCGGCAGCUGGACUACAUCGGUCACUCGCAGGGCACAACCGUGUUCUUCGUGAUGGCCUCCAGCCGACCGGAGUACAACGAAAGGAUCGCUCACAUGUACGCACUGUCGCCGGCGGUUUUCAUUUCGCACAUGCGCAGCCCACUGGCCCGGUGGAUGGUCGGGAUCGGGGACGCUCUUAGGAGCCUGUUCGAUACGCUCGGGAUUCACCAGUUUCUGCCACACAGCGCCGGCCAGCUGCAGAUCUCAAAGAUGCUCUGCCCGCUCGACGAUCCGGGUAACCUAUGCAUACAGAUCGUGAGCAUGACCGUUGGACCGAACCCCAAAAUGAUGGACAUGGUGGCAAUGCAGGUCCUUGUGGGGCAUGAUCCUUCCGGUGCGUCCGUCAAACAGCUGCUACACUACGCCCAGCUGUGCCGCAGCGGCAAGUUCCGGCAGUUUGACUACGGUCGGCGCAACAACACCGAACGCUACAGCCACUGGAAGCCGCCGGCGUACAAUCUAAGCGCGAUCACGGCCCCGUUGACGAUCUUCUACGCGCGAAACGAUUGGCUGAUCGAUCCGAGGAACGUACUCCGAUUGGCCCGGCUGCUGCCCAAGGAACCGACGGUGCAUCUGGUGGAGGACGACAACUUCAACCAUCUCGACUUUACCAUGGCCAAGAAUGCCCGCGCGAUGGUGUACGAGCGGAUAUUGAGCCAUCUGGUGGACCGCGAAAAAGCUGUCGGAAACCGGUAG